GGUUUACGUUCUCCAGCCUAGAGCUAUGGCACUGGAGCCUCCAGGUUGCAGCCGUAUGCGUCUUGGUUGCUCUCCUUUCGGUACCGUCGCUAAGCUAAUUUACCCAGGCUCUGUGGCUCCUCUGCCUUCAUCUUAAGUUCGACAUGCCGGAGUACCUGGACGACCCGUCUGUGCUCACCAAAGACAAGCUAAAGAGCGAGCUUGUUGCUCACAAUGUGGAACUUCCGAGCGGCAACCCGACCAAGGACGUGUAUGUGCAGCUUUAUCUAAAGAACCUGGCGGUCCAGAACGAGAGGAAUGUCGCGGCCGUAGUUCUGGAUGCGUUCUCCAGCGACGAGGAGCUGCCGCCUGUCGUGGCCUCCAACAGAAGCCGCUCCUCCGGAAGGAAAGCCGCCAGGAAAUCAAACAAACAUCAUCUGGAGCAAGUUGACGUCACAUCACUUACUGAUGAGAGCCUGAGGGACGAAUUGCAAAAGCACGGAAUGAAAGUGGGGCCAAUUGUAGACUCAACUCGUGAACUGUAUCAGAAGAAGUUACAGAAGUUAUUGGAUGAAGGUCCUGCACAGCCGUUUCCCACAGAAAUACAGAUCAACCACAAUGGCAACUCUGAGUCUGAAAUCUACAGCGACACAGAGGACGUAGUGAUGGCAGUACCAGAACCUGUGAUUGAACCUGAACCAGUUCCAGUGGUGGAGACACAAGUGAGGAGCAGAGGGAAGUCCCCAGCUAGCAGUCAUACCACCAGCAGCAGCAGCAAGAACCAGACGGUUGAGAAAAUCACUGCCAAUGAUCAGACGCUGAAAGUGGAGAAAGAUGUUCUGAAGGAGCUUUUACCUGAUAUAAACAGUCCAACAGGAAUCGGCGCCAGCUGCCGAAAGCCCAUCCGAGGAGCAGCUGGACGCCCGCUAAUCUCCAGUGACUUAUGGAGUGAUGAGAAUUCCUGUCUGUCUCCAAAAACGACAAAGACUAGCAGCUACUCCUACACAGGGAACCAUGCAGUCAACAGAGUGUCCAGUUUGAAUGCCUCCACCUCCUUCACAUCUUUUAGCUCCUCUAGUUCCUCCUCCUCCAAGCUUUCUGCUACAGCUCCAUCUGCAGGUCCAACCAGAGCAGUGCGGCGCAGCAUGACUUUAUGGAAACAACUGGCCCUGGUUGCUGUUUUGGCCAUAUUUGUGAUUUUUGUUUACCUGGCGAUGGAGACCAACUCUGUCAGCCCAUUUCAAGCCUCAGACUCAAAAUCAGUUGCAAGUGGAACACCAUAAAGAGUGCAUAUAUAGUUUGGAGGGGCCUAGUCUCUGACAAUGCCUCUACUUCAUUUUUAAGGUGUGAAUCUGCAGUGUAGCCAGUUUUUCUUACCUCAAGAUUACCUGAUGUCAAAUUCUAUUUUUUUAAGGAAGUGUCUUUCUUCCCUAAUCAGUCUCAAGUAAAGGUCUAAGAAGUGAUGUUUGCCCCAAAGGAUUACUUUGAGCAGCUGUGAAAGGAUUGACUUUUCUCUUGCUGUGUUGGUCUAUUCUUGACCCUGGACUUCUACCAGAAUUACCCACUGAUCAUUUUUAGAAGAAUAAACAAGAAGAACUUUCUUCUUAAGAUGUUUAAAAAAAAUCAUCGUAACAUCAUCAGUUUGGUGUUUAGUUUUGUAAUGAAAUGUGUGUUUCCCAUCUAUUAGCCUUCUCAGGCUUAAAGGUAAAGCUUAGUUUUUUGUACUUGGACCAUCUUUGUUGUUGAGAGGAUGGCUUGUAAACAAAAUCCAGAGGCUUUUAAAACUUCAAUUCUUGAUAUAUUUUCUUGAGGCUUCUUGUAAAACAUAAUUGAAUUCCUUUAUUUCAUUCUUAUGUAGUCAUAUUUCUUUCUAAAUAAACUUUAGUGUUUCAGUUUG